AUGUUAACUUGCCGGACUCUCUUUAGGCUUGAUCGUGUUCUAUGGUAUACGAGUAGAUGUGUCAAAUCGACGCCGGAAUCUUUCAGAAUCAUGAGUUUUAGAGGCAAAGCUGAGAAGAGUUCCAAGAAUCACAAGACUGUAAAUUUGGUGUGGAGACCAAUGUCCACUCAAUCCUCUUCAAUUGUUGCAGAAGCUGGAAAUGAAGUCCAAGAAGCAGGUCAGUGUAGCAUGUCAAGUACUCAAGCAGUAGUGAAUGACACAACACACAAGCAUUCGGUUUCUCUUGAGGUUGGGGCUUCUUUGAUGAAGUUCAUCAGAGGGAAAGAAGGGACUACACAGAUGAAACUUGAAGAGGAAACGGGAGUCAAGAUCAUACUUCCAUCAUCAAGAAACGAAGAUCACAUCAUCAUUGAAGGUGGUUCAGUGGACUGUGUUACUAAAGCUUCAGAAAGAAUAUCAACCAUCGUCGAUGAGGUUGUAAGAAGUCCGAGUCUUGACUACUCGCACUUUAUAUCGCUUCCAUUGGCCAUACACCCUGAGUUAGUGGAGAAGCUAGUGAAUUUUCAGAACUCUGUACUCGGAAACCAUAGCAUGGCUGUUGAUGAACAAGACGACAAAGCUAAUAGACCAACCACAACUGGUGUGGCGGUUGAACUAAAAGCUAACAGUGAAACAAACCAGGUCAAUGUGGAUGUCAAGAGCAUACCAGUUGUUAGUUACAAGCCUAAGGCCAAAGGAACAAGCUCAUCUACUUUGUUGGAGAUGGGAAUUGAAAAGUCCAUAUUCAUAAAGCCAAAUACUUUUCACUUGACUGUGCUUAUGCUAAAGCUAUGGAACAAAGAUCGAGUCAAUGCUGCUCGUGAUGUUCUCAAGGAGAGUAUAUCUCCUUGUGUGAUGGAUGCUUUGGAUAACCGGCCAAUAUUCAUAAGACUUAAAGGAUUGGAUUGUAUGAGAGGACCAUUAGCAAAGGCUCGUGUCCUCUAUGUUCCUGUUGAAGAAAUUGGCGAUGAAGGCCGGCUUCUACGUGCUUGUCAAGUUAUAACUGAUGCUUUUGUGAAAGCUGGGCUUGUUCUGGAGAAAGAUGCCAAACAAAGCUUGAAGCUACACGCAACCGUGAUGAAUGCGAGGCACAGGAAAAGGAAGGACAAAAGAAAGAAUAAGAUGGAGACGUUUGAUGCAAGAGAGAUACACAAACAGUUUGGAAACGAAGACUGGGGAGAGUAUCUGAUCCCAGAAGCUCAUCUCUCACAGCGUUUUGUGUUUGAUCAGAGCGGUUAUUACCGCUGCUGUGCUUCUAUACCAUUUCCAGGAGAACACCGAGCUUGA